AUGAUCUUCUCCACAACCAUCGCCCGUCCGCUGCAGCUCAUCCUUCGGGCGCUGCAAUGGACGAGCGCCGUCAUUGUCAUCAGCUUGACCUCGUACUUUAUCAAGGAAGGUCCGAAAGGCCAGCACCUGAUCUUCCAGGAGGUCGUUGCGGUUCUGUCCGUGGUCUUCUUCCUGCCCGCGUUCAUCUCGCCGUUCCUCCCGACGGCCCUGAGCAAGUUUGUGCUCCUGAUCGACGUGAUCUUCUCAUACCUCUGGCUGACGGCCUUCAUCUUUGCCGCUCAAGACUACAACGAGCAUUCGUGCUACUUCAACGCUCCCCCCGGUAUCCCCUGCGGCCGCAAGAAGGCCAAUGAAUCUUUCAUCUUCCUUGCUUUCAUCUUCACCUUCUUCGGCAUAUUCCUGGAAGUCGCCGGCCUCUGGGCCUAUCGCAGGGGAAACACCCCCGCUGGCCCCCUGCGCGAAUCAAAAGAGCCUGGUGUGCGGCCCCCGCGGGAUGCUCCAAUUGAGCCGACUGCUCCGGCAGGCACUGUCUAA